CUGCCUGCCGUCAAUCUCAGCGAAGAAGAAGAAGAAGAAGCUGGAAGCGGAAGCAGGUUUCCGGUGUCCUUGUGUGAGAGGCGACUGCAGACGGACCGUAAAGAUGAACAGACACAUAUUUGCUCUCCAGCAGGUGGCGCGACGGACCAUCGGCAGCUCCGCACGCCGGCAGGUCGACAACAAAGUGCCGCAGAAACAGAAGGCGUUUCAGGAGGACAACGGGCUGCCCAUUCAUCUAAAAGGAGGCACCGCCGACGCCGUGCUGUACAGAACCACCAUGGCCCUCACAAUGCUCGGAGCCGGUUAUGUUGUGUACGAGCUGCUGAAGGCGGCGUAUCCUCAGAAGAAAGGUUAAUAACUGCAGAUGUUUACUUCCAUUUCAACGUCGAUACCGGCCCGUUGUGUAAAACCAGAGAUAGUCCUGUCAUGAUGGGAUAUUGUUUCACAUUCAUGGGAUCAAUAUUUAUUUCUUGCGCUCUCUCCGAUGACCUAAGGGAUCAAUAAAAUAUAAAAAUACCUCAUGA